AUGGAAAAUAAACUCGGCCCUCAUCAUAUUCACAAUGAAUCUGAUGAUGAAAUCAUUUAUGAGCCAGAUUGCCUGUGUACGACCAAGCAUUUGUGGGAUUCUGGUGAUUUCUGUCCAGGAAGCAUUGCUCGGUUACUGUUUCUUGGUAUUACCUUACUUGAUUUUACCCAAGGACGAUUGAAUGAGCCAACUUCAACUCGAUUUGACUUUGUCAAUCUUACAAUCACUAAAGGCAUUAUCAAAGAUGCUUUUCAAACCAUAUACUCCAAGAUUGAAGCAAGACCAGCCAAUGUCGAUCAAUGGACUAGGAUCCAUAGCCGUCUUCAGCUUGAAUACACCCGCGCCAUGUCAAUCGGAGGCCCCUAUACUCCAGCCCGAGUUGAGAGUGUGAAACCCAUUAUUGAAAUCCUCAUUCAAAAUAUCAAAGAGAUUGCGGAGGAGAUUCAGCAGCUAGUAGUCUAG